AUGGCGAGUGGCAGUGGCGGGGCCGGGGCCGGGGGCCGCGGGCUGACCGCUGCUCGUUGGGGCCGCGCGGGGCCCGCCGCGCAGGAGAAGCUUCCCGUUCAUGUGGAGGAUGCACUGUCCUAUCUGGACCAGGUGAAGAUCCGGUUUGGCAGCGAUCCGGCCACUUACAAUGGCUUCCUGGAAAUCAUGAAGGAGUUCAAGAGCCAAAGCAUUGAUACUCCUGGAGUCAUUAGGCGUGUAUCUCAACUAUUUCACGAGCAUCCCGACCUCAUCGUGGGAUUCAAUGCUUUCCUUCCUCUGGGCUACAGAAUAGAGAUCCCAAAGAAUGGCAAACUAAACAUCCAGUCGCCAGUGGCAAAUCAGGUGUCCUCAGAUUCUGUUCCAAAUACCCUGCCUGGUAGUGGAUUAUUGUUGCAUUAUUGCCAGGAGAAUUCUCAUAACCACAACGACUGUUCAGAAGACUUCAAGCAACAGCUUCCGUACAAAGAAGACAAGCCUCAGAUGCCCUUAGAAUCUGAUUCUGUGGAAUUCAACAAUGCUAUAAGCUAUGUGAAUAAGAUUAAAACCCGUUUUCUUGACCACCCAGAAAUCUACAGAUCAUUUUUAGAAAUACUACACACUUACCAGAAGGAGCAGCUGAACACUAAAGGUCGGCCUUUCCGUGGCAUGUCAGAGGAGGAGGUGUUUACUGAAGUAGCUAAUCUCUUCAGAGGCCAAGAGGAUCUUCUUUCUGAAUUUGGACAGUUCCUUCCAGAGGCUAAAAGAUCUCUGUUCACAGGGAAUGGGCCUUGCGAAAUGAACAGCCUCCAGAAAAGUGAGCAUGAAAAGAACAUGGACCACAGUAAAAAACGAUCUAGGCCCCUACUCCUGCGCCCUGUUACUGGGCCAGCCAAGAAGAAGAUGAAACUUCGAGGUACCAAAGAUCUGUCGGUGGCAACAGUGGGAAAGUAUGGAACCCUGCAAGAAUUUUCUUUCUUUGACAAGGUACGCAGGGUGCUGAAGAGCCAAGAGGUGUAUGAGAACUUUCUUCGUUGUAUUGCUCUCUUCAAUCAGGAGUUGGUUUCUGGCUCAGAGCUCUUACAGCUAAUCACUCCCUUCUUAGGAAAAUUUCCAGAACUCUUUGCACAGUUCAAAUCCUUUCUGGGAGUAAAAGAGUUGUCAUUUGCGCCACCCAUGAAUGAUAGAUCUGCCGAUGGGAUUGGUCGGGAAAUCGACUAUGCAUCUUGCAAGCGCAUAGGAUCAAGUUAUCGGGCGCUCCCCAAAACUUACCAACAGCCGAAGUGCAGUGGAAGGACAGCCAUUUGCAAGGAGGUGUUGAAUGAUACCUGGGUCUCCUUUCCAUCCUGGUCUGAAGACUCUACAUUUGUCAGCUCCAAAAAAACUCCCUAUGAGGAGCAGUUGCAUCGCUGCGAGGACGAACGGUUUGAGUUAGAUGUUGUCUUGGAGACCAAUCUGGCCACAAUUCGUGUGUUGGAGAGUGUUCAGAAAAAGCUCUCCCGAAUGUCUCCUGAGGAUCAGGAGAAAUUCCGAUUGGACGAGUGCCUGGGAGGAACAUCUGAAGUGAUCCAGCGGAGAGCAAUCUACCGCAUUUAUGGGGACAAGGCUCCAGAAAUCAUUGAGAGUCUUAAGAAAAACCCGGUUACUGCCGUUCCUGUUGUGCUGAAAAGGCUGAAAGCGAAAGAGGAGGAAUGGAGAGAGGCCCAGCAGGGCUUCAAUAAGAUCUGGCGGGAGCAGUAUGAGAAGGCAUACUUAAAGUCCCUUGACCAUCAAGCUGUCAACUUUAAACAAAAUGACACCAAAGCCCUCCGAUCAAAGAGCUUGCUGAAUGAAAUUGAGAGCGUGUACGAUGAGCAUCAGGAGCAGCAUUCAGAGGGCCGAAAUGGCCCCAACAACGAACCUCAUCUCAUUUUUGUUUACGAAGACAAGCAUAUUCUGGAGGAUGCAGCAUCUCUGAUCAGCUACUAUGUGAAAAGGCAACCCACAAUCCAGAAAGAAGAUCAGGGCACGAUCCAGCAGAUAGUCCAUCACUUUGUACCGAACCUAUUCUUUUCUCAGCUCUCUGAACUUGGCAUCUCUGAGGAGUCGACAGACGAAGACCGAGAAAAUGGUCAGGGGCAGAAUCUGGGUACUCCCGAUGUUUGGAAAAAACCCGUGCCACUCCCCCAGAGCAGCCCCCGAGAGGAGAAAGCGGGUCUCUGCGAUGCCGUGGCCAGUGAGCCACAAAAAACCCUGGACGACGUGUAUAGCCUUUUUUUCGCCAAUAAUAAUUGGUAUUUCUUUCUGCGCCUUCACCAGACUCUGUGUUCGAGACUCUUAAAAAUCUACCGUCAAGCUCAGAAGCAACUUUUAGAAUAUAGAACUGAAAAAGAGAGAGAGAAACUCCUCUGUGAAGGAAGAAAAGAGAAAUCCAACGAUCCUGCUAUGGAGUUAAGACUAAAGCAGCCAAGUGAAGUGGAACUUGAAGAAUAUUACCCAGCUUUUUUAGAUAUGGUGAGGAGUUUACUGGAGGGGAAUAUUGACCCCACUCAGUAUGAGGAUACUCUGAGGGAGAUGUUCACCAUUCACGCCUAUAUUGGCUUUACCAUGGACAAGCUGGUGCAGAACAUUGUGCGACAGCUUCACCAUCUAGUAAGUGAUGACAUCUGCUUGAAGGUAGUCGAACUCUACUUAAAUGAGAAAAAGCGUGGAGCUGCUGGAGGGAACUUAUCCUCUCGAUGUGUUCGAGCAGCGAAGGAGACGAGCUACCAGUGGAAAGCAGAGCGCUGCAUGGCAGAUGAGAACUGCUUUAAGGUAAUGUUUCUUCAGAGGAAAGGGCAGGUGAUAAUGACCAUUGAGUUACUGGAUACAGAAGAGGCCCAGACUGAAGACCCUAUGGAAGUUCAGCACUUGGCCAAUUACAUGGAACAGUAUGUGGGUGUGGAAGGAGCCCCAAACAACCAGAAUGAUGGAUUUCUACUGAAACCUGUUUUUCUGCAAAGAAACCUUAAGAGAUUUCGCAAGUGGCAAUGUAAGCAAGUGAGAGCUCUUCGGAGCGAAGUGAAGAGUUCCUGGAAGAGGUUGAUUGGGGUGGAGAGCGCUUGCAACGUGGACUGCCGAUUCAAACUCAACACCCACAAAAUGAUGUUCAUCAUGAACUCUGAGGACUACAUGUACCGACGUGGCACCCUGGGCCGAGCAAAACAGGUGCAGCCCGUUGUCUUGCUGAAACACCACCAGCAGUUUGAGGAGUGGCACAGCAGAUGGCUAGAAGAGAAUGUGACCGUGGAGGCAGCGGAGCUAGUUCAAGACUGGCUGAUGGGCGAAGAGGAUGAGGAUAUGGUGCCGUGUAAGACAACCUGUGAGACAGUGAAUGUACAUGGCAUCCCCGUGAACCGAUACCGGGUGCAGUACAGCCGCCGACCAGCCUCGCCCUGAGCGGUUCCUUGUGGGGACAGUUAACAGAAGAGAGAGCUUUGCUUUCUAACCCCCUACUAGGAUAAAAAAAAAAAGCUAAAAGUGGUGGGAAUGCAACAUGUGUAUUAAUGGAAUUUAUCAUAAUGGCAUUUUACUUACUAUAGGUUAGUAUGUAUUUUUCAUAUGGUACCUAAUUGUCUCCCUGCAGUAUGAUCCAUACGAAAUAUUGUAUGAGGUGAACGGGCGGGAUGGGCUCAGAGCAGUGGGGAAGGCUUCUCCAGGGUAGCACGAUCCCACGAAAGAGUCCCCCACGGUUUCCGCUCUAUCCAGAACCGUCCUGAGCAGGCUUCCCGGGGCCUGGGAGGCUAAGGGGCCCUUGAGAAGCAAAGGCUGGCUCCUGGACCUCCCCCUCCCCGCUUCUGAAAGCUCCGCUCUUCAGAGCAGGACUGAGGACGGAGUUCAAGGCUUUGGAGCUGCCAUCGGCAACUGCUUUGAACUAGCCCCUCGGUCCUCUUCUGUGCCAAACCCGCAAGUCUUCUCCUUGGGAGAUCUGUCUUGGCGGCCUCAAUCCCUCGU